UAAGGUCAAAACCAAACAUGGAAUUCCCAAGUGAUGAAGUCAUCAGAGAACUGGAGAACAGAGAGUACAGUGUAGAGGAAUACUUCUCCAAGGCUGAGCUGGCCAAACUUUCUAAUGUUGAAUUGCUUAGAUAUAAAAAUAUGAGGAAGAAUUAUGAGAUAAUGCUGGCUGUUGGAUUACCAGCAGUGAUGCCUGAGUUUAUGAAGGGACCCAGAUCUAGAGCAAAAAGAAAACCAAAGAAAGUGGAAUCGGACAGUGACGAGGAAUGGACUCCUUACAAGUCUACGAGGGAAAAGAAACAAACAGUUAGGUUUUCUGUCCCCCUAAAGGAGCAAAAGGAAAAGCGACCCAGGAAAAUAAAGUCUGAGAAAAACACGAAAGAGAUGAAGAAAACAGAAAAACGUACAUAUCCACUUCGAGUACAAGAAAGACUUAACUAUAUGGACGUUGAAGUGCCAGAUGAUGACGAUUUUAUUUACUGUGAGGAAUGUAACCAGGAACAUGAAGGUGACUGUCCAAUACAUGGUCCACUUUUAGUUGUCAAUGAUACAAAGCAAUUACAAGGUAUUCCUGAGAGAGCAAAGAAAACCCUUCCACUGGGCCUCACAGUAAAAGAGUCAAAUAUAACCAAUGCUGGACUAGGAGUAUUUACUGAUAUUUUUUUCCCGAAAAGGACAAGAUUUGGUCCGUAUGAGGGAGAAAUUACCGAGAACCAGGAUGAAGCCCAGGAAACUGGAUAUUCUUGGCAGGCAUGUUUAGACACAAAUGCUGCAUAA